AUGCCUUCCAUCCCUGAAGAGCCUCUUCUUGCUCCAAACCCAGAUAGAUUCUGUAUGUUUCCAAUCCAAUACCCUCAGAUCUGGGAAAUGUACAAAAAAGCAGAAGCUUCGUUUUGGACGGCGGAGGAGGUUGAUUUGUCACAGGACCAGCGUCAGUGGGACAACCUAAGCGACGGAGAGAGGUACUUCAUCACUCACGUCCUCGCCUUCUUCGCUGCCUCCGAUGGAAUCGUAUUGGAAAACCUCGCCGGACGGUUCAUGAAAGAGGUCCAAGUUGCGGAGGCGCGUGCCUUCUACGGAUUCCAGAUCGCAAUCGAGAACAUCCACUCCGAGAUGUACAGUCUCCUUCUCGAAUCAUACAUCAAAGACUCCAACGAAAAGAGUAGGUUGUUUCGUGCAAUCGACACAAUCCCUUGCAUCCAGAAGAAAGCGAAAUGGGCCCUCAGGUGGAUCGACGGAUCUGAAACCUUCGCAGAACGUAUCAUCGCUUUUGCCUGCGUAGAGGGUAUCUUCUUCUCCGGCAGCUUCUGCGCCAUAUUCUGGCUUAAAAAACGAGGGCUCAUGCCGGGUCUGACAUUCUCGAACGAAUUGAUCUCACGAGACGAGGGUUUGCACUGUGACUUCGCGUGCUUGCUUUACAGCCUGUUGAAGAUGAAAUUGAGUGAAGAGCGUGUGAAGGCAAUCGUGGCUGAUGCUGUGGAGAUCGAGAGAGAAUUCGUUUGUGAAGCAUUGCCGUGUGGUCUGGUUGGAAUGAACGCCGAUCUUAUGAGCACAUACAUCGAGUUUGUAGCAGAUCGAUUGAUUGGUGCUUUGGGAUACGGGAAGAUGUACAAUGUUCAGAACCCAUUUGAUUGGAUGGAGCUGAUUUCAUUGCAGGGUAAGACCAAUUUUUUCGAGAAGAGGGUCGGCGAAUACCAGAAGGCAUCUGUCAUGUCUAAUCUCAAUGGCAAUGGGGAUUCCCAUGUUUUCAAGAUGGAUGAUGAUUUCUAA